UAGCAGUUUCCUCUUGUCCGGACGCCUAAAAUAUUUCUCCUCCCCGUCGCGCUCCCCCCUCCUUCCCUUCCUCCACUCGCGCUUCGCCCCUUCCUGCUCGUCAGAUCCCGUCCUUCGCCUCGUCGCCUUCGUCGCCGUCCGCGUGUUUCAGGUGGCAGCCAUGGCGGAUCAGCUCACCGACGACCAGAUCGCCGAGUUCAAGGAGGCCUUCAGCCUAUUCGACAAGGACGGAGACGGCUGCAUCACCACCAAGGAACUUGGAACUGUGAUGCGCUCGCUGGGGCAGAACCCAACUGAGGCUGAGCUUCAGGAUAUGAUCAAUGAAGUGGAUGCUGAUGGCAACGGAACGAUCGACUUUCCAGAGUUCCUCAACCUGAUGGCGCGUAAGAUGAAGGACACUGAUUCUGAGGAGGAGCUUAAGGAGGCUUUCCGUGUGUUUGAUAAGGACCAGAAUGGCUUCAUCUCUGCGGCUGAACUCCGUCAUGUCAUGACCAACCUUGGUGAGAAGCUGACAGAUGAGGAGGUGGAUGAGAUGAUCCGUGAAGCCGACGUUGAUGGUGACGGUCAGAUCAAUUAUGAAGAGUUCGUGAAGGUGAUGAUGGCCAAGUGAGCUGCCAUUAUGAAGCUAGUUCUUUCCUGAUGGUAGUAACUAGUUUAGCCUUGAAAACUGACAGCAUUUGGUUAUGCACUGUUCCUUCCAGUGAAUGAACAUAUUGCUUGUUUGUUUUCUUCUAAGGGAUGUUGUGAAUUUCGUGUGUUUGCAGUUGUAUUAUGGUUGUACAAUGUUGCUUUCCUUCAAAAUUGAGAUGAUGGGUUUCUUGUAGUUUAUUGUAGCAUGAAUAUUUUUUGUUUCUGAUCUUGGGUGCAAAUUAUUUAUAUUAUUUAUA